CCGCCCCUGGGACGGGACCGGCUCACGGCCGCGGCUGCGCGCUUUUCCCGCGCUCUGGGGAUGGCGGAGGGAGAGGUAAACCAAGAUUUCAUUUUCAAGAUGGAAAGUCCAUCAGACUCAGCUGUGGUUUCACCAAGCACUCCACAGGCCAGUGCCAGUCCGCCAUCUCCCCAUACCAGUAGUUCAAGAAAACAACCUAUGAGUGCAACACUUAGAGAACGAUUAAGGAAAACUAGAUCUUCAUUUAAUUCCUCUUACAGUGUGGUAAAACGUCUCAAAGUAGAGAAUGAAGGAGACGAUCAGAACUUUUCAGAGAAACCAGCAAGUUCAACAGAAGAAAACUGUGUGGAAUUUCGAGAAAAUUUUAAACGGGUAGACAGUGAAUUUGAAGAAAGUCCAUAUGGGAAAAAUACCUUCAAGAAUAUCAAUGCAUGUGAGUCUACAUCAGUUGAUGCUGGGUCAUGCAGUGAUGAUCUUCAAAAUGACUUUGUGAAUGAGAAUCUUCCCAAAGAAGGAUUAAAUGAAGAAAAAACAAAAUUGGUGAAGCAGAUUCAGGAGAAAGAAGACCUUCUUCGGAGGCUAAAACUAGUCAAAAUGUACAGAUCAAAGAAUGACCUGUCUCAGUUACAGUCGUUAAUAAAGAAGUGGAGAAGCUGUAGCCAGCUGUUGCUUUAUGAGUUGCAGUCAGCUAUGGCUGACGAGAACAAGAAACUCAGCCUUACUCAGUUGAUAGACCACUAUGGGUUAGAUGAUAAGUUGCUACACUAUAACAGAAAUGAAGAAGAAUUUAUAGGUGUUUAAUUCCUAAUUUUUUCUUCAGAAUAUCUUUGAAAAUGACAACUUAAAAGAUACUUCUACAUUUUAAAGGGAAGAUACAAACCAUUACGGCUUUGAGAAAGGUAUCUCGAUGAACAUCAAUUUAGGGCAAUCUGUUAUAUAAAUAUAAACUAAAUUCUAAAGUGAAAAUUUAGUAUUUUGGAUAAAUUUGCCAAAGAAAACUUGACAUUUAAAGAAAUGUGAAAAA